AUGUCCUCGUUGCCGACCGGCGGCACGUCACGGCACACGGAAGAGACCAACUUGCACGCGCGGCAAAAAAAUAAACAAAUCGAAGUAUCGGACGAACAAGCGGGCGUUCGUGGACAGGAAGCUAGGAUAAUAGCGAAGCCUCGUCCGGUGGUCGGAGACGACGGGGUGGGGUGGUUUAAAGCCACGCCCCAGGGCGGAGUCGGACGGCUGCGCGGGAUUAUCACCCCUUCGAUGCGC